CUCUCUCAUCUUCGUUACAUUUCUUUUCAAAGGGGAAAAAAUAAGAACUUUUCUUUAUUUCCGGUGCUCAUCGACUUCGACACCAUUGAAAUCUUCAAUUCUCCGAGCAAAUCACGACCGAUUGGAGCGACUAGUGACGCGGGGACACUCCCUGCAUAGGAAAUCUGGGCAGAAUCGGACGACUUAGGAUCGAACACGGUGUUGCGGAAGGUGGUGCUAGGGCUGAUGGGCGCCGCGGGCUCCAAACUCGAGAAAGCUCUCGGCGACCAAUUUCCCGAAGGAGAACGCUACUUCGGCUUCGAGAAUUUCGGCAACACUUGCUACUGUAACAGCGUUUUGCAGGCCCUCUAUUUUUGCGUUCCCUUUCGCGAACAAUUGCUUGAAUACUAUGCGAAUAACAAAAGUGUUGCCGAUGCUGAAGAGAAUCUCUUGACCUGCUUGGCUGACUUAUUUUCACAGAUAAGUUCCCAGAAGAAGAAAACAGGCGUUAUUGCUCCAAAGCGCUUCGUACAGAGGCUGAAGAAACAAAACGAGCUGUUCCGGAGUUAUAUGCACCAGGACGCACACGAGUUCUUGAAUUAUUUGCUCAAUGAGCUUGUUGACAUAUUGGAGAAAGAAACACAAUCUGCAAAGAACGGUAAGGAGGAAACCUCGUCUUCGUCUCCUGAAAAGUUUGCGAAUGGACCAAAAGCUCCACAGGCAAAUGGUGGACAGAAGGAACCUAUUGUUUCUUGGGUUCACAAGAUUUUUCAGGGCAUUCUUACCAACGAGACAAGGUGUUUACGGUGUGAGACAGUGACAGCAAGGGACGAGACUUUCCUUGACUUGAGCCUUGAUAUCGAACAGAACAGUUCCAUAACUAGCUGUCUGAAAAACUUCAGCUCCACCGAGACUCUUCAUGCCGAUGACAAAUUCUUCUGUGACAAGUGCUGCAGUUUACAGGAAGCACAGAAGAGGAUGAAGAUCAAGAAGCCACCAAACAUCUUAGUCAUCCAUCUGAAACGAUUCAAAUACAUCGAACAGCUCGGCCGCUACAAGAAGCUUUCGUAUCGGGUAGUCUUCCCUCUUGAACUGAAACUCAGCAACACGGUGGAAGAGUAUGCAGACAUUGAGUACUCGCUCUUUGCUGUGGUGGUCCAUGUCGGCAGCGGACCGACCCCCGGCCACUACGUCAGCCUCGUGAAAAGCCACAACCACUGGCUGUUCUUUGACGACGAGAACGUCGAGAUGAUCGAGGAAUCCGCCGUCCAGACGUUCUUCGGGUCCUCGCAGGAGUACUCGAGCAACACCGAUCACGGGUACAUCUUGUUCUACGAGAGCCUCGGACCAAAGUAAGUUAAAAAACAUGAGCUGAGUAAGAAUCUUUCCACCCUUUUAUCAUAUGUCUCGCUCCAAAUCUCUGCGGAGUUGAAAAUGUAUCUCUUUUAUCAUAUUUUUUUUCUCUCUUUUUCAAGAAAAAAGAAAAAGGUUGUUCACUUUGGAAGCCAUGUACAGUGGAAUGGUCGGAACUCCUUUGACCCUGGUCUUUUUUUUCCCGCAAUAAGAAACGAAGGAAGCGAGCUUAUUUAUAUUUUAUAAUUCAUUGGUUUUGA